GCGCCUUGACGGGACCUGCCGCGGCCCUCGUGCCCCGCGGGCGUCCCGCUCCGUUCCCCGGCCCGAUGCGGGCGGCGCCCCGUUCCCCGGUCCGGCCUGGCGCCCCAUGCCGCGCCACAGGCCCCGGGCAGGAGCCGCGCCACCGCCUCGGCCUGGGGAGGCGGCGGCGGCGGCGGCCCGGGUCGCCCGGGGAGGCGCCGUUCUGCUGCCAGGGCCCAGCCUGGCGCAGCACAGGGAGAUCUGUUCGAGCACAAUGUUCCUGGUCGGACUCUCGGGUGGAAUCGCAUCUGGGAAGAGCACGGUGGUGGCCGUACUCCGGGAACUAGGCUGUGCUGUGAUUGAUGCUGAUGUUAUUGCCAGAGAGGUGGUGCAGCCCCACUUCAAGGCCUAUCAGCAGAUAGUGCAUUACUUUGGCCCUGAGAUCCUCUUGGAGAAUGGAGAGAUAAACCGUGAGGCUCUAGGAAACAUUAUCUUCUCCUGCCCGGAGAAACGGCAGCUGCUGAACUCUAUCACCCAUCCGGAGAUCCAGAAAGAGAUGCUGAAGCAGAUCUUGAAAUACUUUGUGCUAGGCUACCGCUACGUGAUCCUCGACAUCCCACUGCUCUUUGAGACCAAAAGGUUGACCAAGUUUAUGAAAUACACGGUCUUGGUUUAUUGCGACCCGCCGACGCAGCUAUCUCGGCUGAUGAAGAGGAAUGGGCUGUCCCAGGCGGAGGCAGAAGCUCGCAUCGCCUCCCAGCUGCCACUGGACGUGAAGCGCAAAUUAGCUAGUCACAUCAUUGAUAACUCUGGGGACCAGGAGAGCACGUGCCGGCAGGUCCUGAGGCUGCAUGCUCACUUGGAGGAUUCCCUGGAUUUCCUCUGGGCAUGGCUGGCGGCGGGCACGGUUGUAGCUGGGCUCGGAGGGCUGGUGUACCUCCUCCUCGGGCAUUUCAUCUCUUAAUUCACCUUUUCUUUUUGUCAUAGAAGAGGCCUGAAUUUCCAGGUUUGAAAAGGGCAGUGAAAGGCCACCUCUUUUAAUAAGCUUUGCCAGCUGAAUGCAGACAUUGGGGUGAGGCGGCUCCUUGCAGACUUCCCAAGGUGAACACAGGGGGGAUUUUUUCCGGCACUGUCUUCCCAUCUCCUUUCUUCCUGCUCAGGUUCUUACCCAUCAGCUGUGCCUGUGGCGUGGGACCUCUCCCUUUGGGUGGCUUCAGCCUGUGGAGGGGAUGAGGCCCUUGUUGUCCCCACAUGUGUGUGUACGGUGGGACCUCCGUGGAUUUAGGCACUUUAAUGUCUUCCAGGACAAUCUCUUCACUGGGGGAGUAGCUGGGCUCUGGGGUCAUGUUUCUGCUGACAGGUGUCCCCAGGUUGAUCCCCUCCUAGCUCACAGCCCUGGCUAAUCUCAAUGUAGACGUGGGUUUUCCCCUUCUUUCACAUUGAUUUAAUGGAAAUGUGUUAAACCUGCCUGGUGGGGGACAGACAGCACCUCAUUUCACACGGGUUAGGUGUUCAGCUGGCUGCUUGCCCUCCCCCCUGCCCUCUUUAUUUCUGUGAUCAUCACUUGUGGGUCACCCUUGGUUUCGGAUGCGAGGGUCUGAUAUGCCCCUGGAGCAGGCUGAGACCUGGGACCGGCCUCACUGAAACUCAUUUACUGCCAUUUGAGUUUUCUUUCAGCAGCAGUUUCCUUGUGGGAGGGUAUGAAAUCUGGGCAAAGCGGGUGCUGGCUCUUCACGUUCACUUUAAUAAAGCGCUGAGCAGCAGCCGGCUCCCCGCGGCUCUGCAACCUG